AUAAUUUGGCGGGAACGAAAUUGAUGUGAUUUAUCUAUGAUAUAUUUUAUUAAAUAUAACCUAUAAUUUAUUUUCGUCGGAAAGUUUAAAAAGUGAUGCAUGCAAGUUGAAGAAAAGUUACUGCUUUGCAUUAACUUGGAUUUUUAGAAUUAGUAAAGUGACGUAAGGUUGUCACAAUAGAAGAGUACGGGGUGUACACGAUGCUGCCGGCGCAGCAGCUCGCGCCCAUCAGCCCUUGGCCGCCCGACGCCAACCUGCUCGACCGCAUGGACGACCUCGCGCACAAAGGUCACAGCGGUGUUAACCAGCUCGGCGGGGUGUUUGUAGGAGGGAGACCGUUGCCCGACUCAACGCGGCAGAAGAUCGUCGAGCUGGCGCAUUCUGGCGCGCGACCCUGCGACAUCAGCCGUAUACUGCAAGUCUCCAACGGAUGUGUCUCCAAGAUACUCGGAAGGUAUUACGAGACGGGGUCUAUAAGACCUCGUGCGAUAGGUGGCUCGAAGCCGCGCGUCGCUACAGCUGAGGUGGUCAGUAAGAUCGCCCAGUACAAACGCGAGUGCCCCUCGAUCUUCGCCUGGGAGAUAAGGGAUCGUCUACUCAGCGAAGGAGUUUGUUCUUCGGAUAAUAUACCCAGUGUGUCAUCAAUAAACCGCGUACUUCGCAACCUCGCCGCCCAGAAGGAGAAGUCUAGUAACCAGCAGUCAGGCUCUGAUUGUUCUACGCCGGUAUACGAGCGUCUACGGCUACUCGGAGCUCCAGCCUCCGCCCCCGCUUGGCCCAGGGCACCCUGGCCCACGCAGAUCGACACGAGAACUCCGCCCUACCAGCUGCACAGCCUUAGUCCUGGACCACAGACUAUUAACUGCGGUACAGAUAUGCCAGUUAUGAAGAAAGGUGAAGAAACACUAGAAGGUCUGGAAGGUCUUCAUUCAGAUGAGACGGGUUCCGGAGACAAUUCUAAUGCGGGUUCCAGCGGCGCGGAUGAUGAUGCAGCUCGUCUCCGGCUCAAACGCAAGCUGCAGCGCAACCGCACCAGCUUCACCAAUGAACAGAUAGAUAGCUUGGAGCGAGAGUUCGAGCGGACACAUUACCCAGACGUGUUCGCCAGAGAGCGGCUCGCUGCUAAGAUAGGACUACCAGAGGCUAGAAUACAGGUGUGGUUCUCGAAUCGACGCGCGAAGUGGCGGCGGGAGGAGAAGAUACGGUCGCAGCGGCGCAGUCCGGAGUGCGCCUUCGCUGCGCAGACGCACGCGCCCCACGCCGCGCACCCCACGCACCCCGCGCACCCCACGCAUCCGGCGCAUCCAUCGCACCCCGCGCACCCUGCGCACCCCACGCAGCCGCCGCACCCCACGUACCAGCCGCCACUUAACGUUGAUACAUACAGUCCCCUGACUCCAAUGGGCUACGGCAGUGGUAUAUCCGAGGGUCCGCUAUGCGAGGGCGGCGAGACGGACCUGUGCAAGAGCGGGUUUGGAUAUCCGCGCUAUGAGCUCGGCUACCGCGCGCCGCACGCAUACGUCAACCAUAACUAUCAACAUGAAGCCUCGCCCACUCCAGAAUUAGGAGGUCUCCUAGGCGCCGGGGUGUCCGUUCCUCUAGCGGUGCCGGGCCACGACACGCAGUACUGGUCGCGCCUGCAGUGACCUUGGUGGCACUAGCCUGUAUACGCACAACACAGCAAUCAAAUACAAGCAAUUACAUGCCAAUUAUGCUUCAAUGUUUAAAAUAACAGGAAAACAGUGAAAAAAUAAAGGAAAAUUAUUAUGUAUCAGAGAAAAACUAUUUGUAUUCAUUCUUCAUUAUAAAUAUUUGCGCUAUUAAAAACAAUUGGCUAAAUGUAAUCAUGUAAAAUUGUAACGUCGCCAAUCAUUCCUAAUAUUUAACGGGCAAAAUCUUUUUAUUUGAAGUUAGUUACGAAAUGCAAAACGAGAGAAACGAUCAUACAAGAAAGUUAAAGGAAGGAAAGAGAUAGAUGCUGUUCCUUUUUUGCGUUUCAAAUACAAAUCACGCGUUGCUAACUUCAGAUAUUCAAAUAGCCGUUGUGUUAUUUGAUUUAUUACGCUGCAUAAUUUAAGAAAUAACAUAUCCUCACAAAAAUGCAACAGAGCACAAAAUACAGGCUCAAAAUAUAUUUAAUGGAAAUCAAACUAUUUCAUUCAACGCACUCUAAAUCUGGUUACUGAUGGAUAUUGCGAGUUGUAAUGUAAUAUGUUACAGUACGUAGUGUUACGGCGUGAAUGUUCAUCGUGUAACGUGUUUUAUUACCACACUAACACCGGUACAUUACAUCGUAA